AAAAUAUUGUAACACCAUAAGCUGUGAUAGGUGCGGGCACACAAAAGUUCAUGCCAACGGGAAUUUAUACCUCUAUAUUUCAUACAGAAUUGUCGCUUAACUGAACAAAAUGGCUUGUGCUAUUACUGGUUUAACUGCUGCUGAGAAAUCUCUUGUUGCUGAGGCCUGGAAGAAUAUUUCUCCCAAGAAGAAGGACUAUGGAGUUGAACUUUUUAUGUCACUCUUCACAGCUCACCCAGAUGCAUUGGACCAUUUCAAGAACUUUCCAAGCAAGAACUUGGACGAGAUUAAGAACACUGCUGAUAUGAGAGCUCAUGCUGCUGCCGUCAUGUAUGCCCUGGACUCUCUUGUCGAUAACCUGGAAGAUCCAGAAUGUAUGGUUGGUCUGAUUAGAAAGAUUGCCAGAAACCACAAAUCACGUGGAAUUGGAAAGAGCCGAUUUGAGCAACUCAGAGGCAUCUUUGGUAACUUCUUAGAUACUUCUCUUGGUGGAAAAUCCAACGCUACUACCAAAGGAGCUUGGGACAAAUUCCUUCACUUCACAAACAACCAAAUUGAAACUAUGCAAGCCUAAGAAUUCCAGAUGUUUGCUGAUUUCGUCCUGUGGAGAUGUUUGACAGCAGAUACCAUAAAAGUAUAAAGUAUAUGAAAUAGAACCCUUCAUUUAUAUUAUAAACUUUCAUUAGACAAAGACAGAAUGCAUACAGUGUGUAGUUCAUCAUCGUUUUUCACAACCUUUGCCAUUUGACACAUAAAUUCAUAGGCCCGUAGCCACAGAGGGUACCUUUCUCAAAUACGUAUAGAGGUUAACACCAACAAAGGCAGCAAACAAUGUAACCAACAAUAUCUUGUGUUGCAAUUAAAACCCGUUCUUCAACAGACCAACAUACGGAACAUAGCUUCGACUUUUGCUCUAUAUAUUCAGUUAUAUGCUUGGAAAACUAUAUUGUCCUUAUGUUAACAGUAUUACAUAUUGAGAAUUUUUUAAAUUUGUAUUCAUUUAUAGCUUCCGAUAUCCAUAAAAUCUUUUAAGGAAAAUAAGAUUGCAAAGACGCUUCGUUAGUGGCUUAAUUGGUAUAAAAUUAGUUCUGAUUCAGCCAAAAUGGUGACAGGGAUUACAGCCGCCUUUUACUCAAGCUGCCACAAAAUCAACGACUGUCAGAGAAUUUUAAUUAUUUUUACAUCACAGUUGGCUGGAACCUCAGAACGACGGACAAUCGAUGACGGCGGCUUUAGAUACCACGUUUAUUACCGUUCGCUAACACUGUAGACCAAUCUUCAACAACAAAUAUACUUAUAGUUCUAUGUAUCUGUAGGGACAACUCUAUGAUAUAUUUUUGUGUUAUGUAUUUUAUUUGCUUUUUUAGAAUAAAUGGUAUGAAAGUUUU